AUGGGGUGAGUAUGUUCUACUCAAUAAACAAAAAAAAAUUGAAUAAAAUUUCAGUCGUCGAAUAUGUGCACUUCUGUUUAUGAGCACAUCAUUUGGUUUCAUAUCUGCCUGGUUUGGCGCUACAACUUUUGAUCAUAUAAAUAUGAAAAUAGAUAACUUUCGUGAUUCAUAUCAGCUGUAAUUUUUGACUAGCGCAUUGUACAUUUUUGUUAAGUUUGAAAUAAAAAUUGAACAUCGUAUGAUUAAUUUUGAAGACAAAUAUUUAUUGAACGUGAUAAUUUUCUUCGACGUGAGAAGAUUCAUUUCUUGGUUUUGUUAAUAAGGAUUUUUGCUGGACUCUGUUUUUGUAUGUAGUUUACGGCGAUUUGCCAAUAUUUUCUGCCAAAUGCAUUGUUUUAAGUAUGACUGAACUCCUUUGUUUAGUUGAAAAAUAUAUUCAAAAUACAUUUCUGGAAUAUUCCAUUUUUCAGGCCGAUAGCUUUGCAUUUGUCAUCAUCGGAUAAUGGCUACGCAUCACGUGGGACGAACCAGAGCAGAUGUAAUAGAAAAACUGGAAAAUCGGCACCGACAAAGAAAGAUUAGAAACAUAUCGAAAACUUUGGAUUUUGAAGCAACAGAAAGGAAAAUAUUGGAAAGUAAUGAUUUGCAACCAAUUCAUUAUGUUUUUGAGUCUUCCAGUCUCUCAAAUGAUAUUCAUCAACACUUCUCUAAAUUAUCGACAUUCUUGAAUGCAUCACUUGAUUCUGAGCACAAACAUCCAGAACUUGAAAUCAAUCAUGAAUCGAAAGACAUGAAUGCGAUAUUCAGAAAAAUUCGUAGUCUUAUGAAAUUUGAACAUAAAACUGACACUUCAACUCAUUUUGAAAAAGAAAUCAAAGGUCUUCGAAAACUUCUCUCUGAUUCGAAAUUGGAUGAAAAAAUUGAAAAUUUGUUAUCAAAACGAUUGGUUAUGUGCAAAUCAGAUUUCUGUAUCAAUGUGAAUAUUGGUAAGUGAAAAUAAUUUUGCGAAAGUUUCGACCAAACUAUUUUGCAGGUCUUCAAAAUGUUCUUCUUCAUAUUUUAUUGUCAUUUCAUCAAACACGGUUACUUAUUGGAUUAGAAGCUAUUUUCAAAAAGAAAAUCGAUAAUGUUAUUCAUUUUAUUGUUAACAAUGUAUUCAAAACAACUUCGAAAAAACCUGCAAAUAUCCAUUUUUUAUCAACAAUCAUCAAAUUAUUAUUUUUGAUCGGAAAAUCAGUGGAACUCAAUUUAAUUCCAACAUUGACAAGAAUGUUCAAUAAAUCAUCGGAAUAUAGAGAAUUUGAUGGUAUUUUGAAUGAUUUGAGUAAAGAAAUAUUGGCAGGAAGUUCGAUAACAUUCAAAAAGGCUCUUGUUCGUCUUGGAUUCGAUUUCAAUUUCAUUCAAUCUUUUAUUGAUGAUUACGAUUAUACAAUAAGUGGAUUUCGAAGUUUUUCAAAUGGUCUCGUUUUUGCUAGACUUGUUGAACAAUUCAAGAAAGGAACAAUCAAAUGGUAUGCAAUUCAACAACCAAAAACUCGAUUGAGAAAGUUGAAAAACGUUGAAAUCGUAUUGGAAAGUCUUGAAAAUUUGAACUUCAAAUAUGAUGCCGUGAAAAUUGUACAAGGUGAUGAAAAAACCAUUUUGCGAACAAUUUGGAAAAUUUUGAAUAUUCAAGAGGUAUGUUUUUGGGCUUUAACUAUGAUGACAGAAUAAUUUUUCAGGUCUACACUGAAACCCCUCAAAAUCUUCGCCAUUAUUUGUCAUUUGAUGAACAAAUGUUACGAAAAUGUCAAUUUUAUGGUGAAAAAUUAAAUGUGGAUGUUCCAAGUUUGGAGAGUUUAUUGGAUGGCGAAUUAUUUGCCAAAGCAUGGAAAACAAUGGCUUUCACACAUCAUACAAUCGAGUUUUCAACAGUUCCAAUUGAUCGAUUUAUUGAGAUUAUUUUAUUGGUGAGUUUUUUAAAUUCAUUUUCUAAACAUCUAAAAACAAAUAUUAUUUUGGGCUGAGAAAUAUCUCGGAAUCGAUCGAAAGCUAGCCAUUUAUAUUGGCUUAUUUAUUCAAGCAUAUUUUGGGAAACUCGAAAUUCUAAAUGAAUUGCAAAAACAUGUAAAUAAAAACUGA